CGCUCGAAUGGAUCACGCGCGCCCCGUUGCUGCGCAAGUUGGAAGGGGUCAUGUGAGCUGGUGUUAGAGUUACCGAGUUGUAAAGGUGGCGCUCUUCUCUGGAAUUGUGUUGGAUCCGAUGAUGAACGGGGAAAGGAACUAACAAGACCGCCUUCACCUCAAAAGACAAAGGAUAACCUCCAAGAAAAGGGACACCGAAGAAAGACACGAUGGUCGGAGGAGACAGAGCAAGCUUAGCCACCUUCCUCGUACUGGCUCUUUUGAUGAGUCCCUUAGAGGCCGGCAAGAUCCUGGUCCUGCACCCCAUGUACGCGGCCUCCCACGUGCUCACCCUCAGAGCGCUGGCCAAAGGACUGGUCGCCAGGGGCCACGAGGUCACGGUGUUGCGCUGGAAGGACACCCACAAUUACCCCGACGCCAACCAUCCGGGGAUCAAAGAACACGUCCUCGCCAUCAACAACACGGACGGGACUAUUCCUCGCCUUACGGUGGAGGAGCGGGCCAGCUUCGAGAUGCCCCAAGAGCUAAUGUGGCGCAAAGGCACGUCGUGGACAGCCCUUCCUGUAGACACGUUCUUGACGGUCGGCGCCUUCUGCAGGAGUCUGCUGGAGCGGGAGCAGCUGAGGGAGGAAUUGCGAAGAGAGAAGUUUGAUAUUGCUAUUGUCGAUAUCUUGUAUAACGAAUGCAGUCUUGCUCUUGCACAUGAUCUUGGUCUCCCCAGUAUAGGUUACUGGGCAUUCACUUUCGCCGGAGGGGAACCCCAGUACACAACGGCGUUUAGUCCCCCGUCCUCUGUGCCUCUGAUCCUCUCCCACUGCCCGGAAGUCAUGAGCUUCUGGGAAAGACUCUGGAACCAUUUCGUAGCAUUCUCCAGUCAUGUUGUUAUGCAGCGAGCUACCAGAUCCGCCAUUACUGCCGUCGUGCCGUGGCCGGCUGACCUGCUGUCCAACCUGUCCGGGAUGCUGAUCAACUCCCACCCGGCAGUGGACAUCCCUCGUCUCCUUCCGCCCAGCUUCCUCAACGUGGGCGGAAUGCAGAUCCGACCGCCACAGCCGCUGCCUCAGGACCUCGAGGCCUUCAUGGCUGGCUCCGGGGAGGCUGGGGUCGUCCUCUUCACGAUGGGCUUCAUCUUCAACCCGAAGACCGUCCCGCUGAGCGUCAUCCGGGCCUUCAUGGGCGCGUUCGGCAGACUCAAGCAGAGGGUUCUGGUGAAACUGGAGGGGACAUACGAACACACUCCGCCCAAUGUGAAGGUCGUGGACUGGCUUCCUCAACAAGAUAUCUUAGCACACGAGAAGACAGUGCUAUUCUUUACACACUGCGGCAUGCACGGUAUCCUAGAAGCGCUUCACUACGGAGUCCCGAUGGUCGGAAUGCCCGUCUUUGCCGACCAACAAGACGUCCUUAUGAGAUUGCAAGAGCGAGGGGUUGCCAGGGGCGUCCAUAAGGAAGCCAGCGAGGACGAAAUAUUCCAAGCUAUUAAUGAUGUUCUGGAGGACUCUAGAUAUCGCCAGAAUGCCCUCCGCCUGUCCCGAAUAUUACGCGACCAGCUGCAUUCACCCCAAGACCACGCCCUAUGGCUGGUGGAACACGUCAUGAACACGAAGGGCGCAGACCACCUGAAGACGGCCGCUAGACACCUCAAUUUUGUCCAGUUCUUUGGCAUAGACAUUCUGGCGUUUAUCAUACUAGUCCAUUAUGUAUUUUGGCGAUAUGUAAAACCUUUGCUCAAAUGUGUGUUGUGUUUGUUCAGGAAAAAGGUAAAGUCUGACUGAAUGUGAGCUUGGGUGUGGCUUAAUACUGUUUUAAUUAUUGCCCUUGGUUUUGAAGUGCUAAAUGGAAGAGGGUCCAAAGACUUUUAAUAAAAUAUUAACUCGGUACAAAAAAAUGUAAAUAUAUUUGUGCAAACAUUUUAUUUAUUCUUACCACUGUUAAAACUGUCAUGCUUAUCAUCUUCAUUUCUACAAAUUAUAACAGUAGCAGUUUCAUCAUUAUCAUAUUACUACAAUCAUCGCCAUCAUUAAUAUCAACAUUACUUUCACACUCAUAUUAUCAUACAGACAUCCCUGAAAAAUGUUGACUGUUAUCGUUACUGUUUUGUUUUUAUCAUUAUAAACUUUUAACUCCUACA